UGAUGUACUCAAAUUCUCAUUUCUAUAAACCUCCAUAUUACCCUUAUCCAUACACUCAUUUUUAAUACCCUACUAUGUACAAUCCCUUUUAUUUACAAUAUCAUAACUAAAUCCAUUAAUUUAAACCAACUGUGUUCCAUUAAGUACCAUAACCUGUUCAACAAUAAAAUUAUAUCACUAUUUCAGAUGAUGAAGAUAGCAUACCUAAAAAGGAAAUACCACAACAAUCUUCUUCUUAACCAGUUCAAAGUUUGUAAACUUAAAAACAGAUAGUGAGAAUGCUUGAUUUGGAUAAUCUUGAAUCUUAAGGUAAGCUAUAUGAUGGUGAAAGUUCAUCUCUACCUUCAUUACCAAAACGAAUUAUUUAAAAACCCCAAAAACUUAUAUACAAGUAAUAGAAGAAAAGAAAGCAUAAAUGUAAGAGAUAGCCUGUAAAAAAACCAUUUCGAUAUAUUAAAUAAGUCUAAAUUAGUAAAACUAGAUAAUAACUUGAUAUACCCUAAUCCAGUGUUAAAGUAAGAUUAAUUAAAGUUUAUGAGAAGAAUGAGGAUUAAUGUAAGUACCAUUUAUCAUUAAUUAUAGUUUUGAAGCUCUUUGAAAUGUUAAAACUAUAUUUUCCUUAGGCUAAUGAUGAAGAUGUUGCUACUAUCCUCAAUAUCUGUGACAAAAACUAUACAAAAGCUGAAUUACUGAUACAAGAAAGUAAAUGUUUCAUUUAGUAAAUGUAAUUUUAUAAUCCUAAAUUAAGCAUUCAAAGAUCAACAAUUUCAUGA